AACAGUAUGUUUUCUACUUUCCCUCUCUCUCAAAAUCCAAAAUUUCACUCUUUUUGCCGACCAAAAUCGAACACAGUCUCUCUCUCGUAGUCAUAGUGUCUCUUUGCUUGAUUCCUUGAGAAAGAAUAUAAUAACAAUAAUAAUGCAAGAUUUUCUGGGAUCAGUUAGGCGAUCAAUAGCAUUCCGUACACCAGAUAAUAAUCAAGAAAACAACAAUUUCAAUCCAUUAGUAGAAAAGAUCAAUUCUUGCAUUCGGAAAUCAAGAAUUUUCUCUAAACCCUCUUCUCCUUCUCUUCCAAUGGCUCCUGUGAUCCGGUAUCGUAAAGGAGAACUGAUUGGUUGUGGCGCAUUCGGCCAUGUUUAUAUGGGCAUGAAUCUUGAUUCUGGUGAACUCUUGGCUGUGAAACAGGUGUUGAUUGCAGCUAAUGGUGCUACAAGGGAGAGAGCUCAGGCCCAUAUCAGAGAGCUUGAAGAAGAAGUGAAGCUUUUGAAGAAUCUCUCCCAUCCCAAUAUAGUUAGAUAUUUGGGUACAGUAACUGAGGAGGAAACCUUAAACAUUCUGCUUGAGUUUGUUCCCGGGGGAUCAAUUUCAUCACUUUUGGGGAAAUUUGGAUCCUUCCCUGAGGCAGUUAUAAGAACAUAUACACAACAAUUGCUUCUGGGAUUGGAGUAUUUACACAAUAAUGGAAUUAUGCACAGGGAUAUCAAGGGUGCCAACAUCCUUGUCGAUAAUAAAGGAUGCAUUAAACUUGCUGAUUUUGGUGCAUCAAAACAAGUAGUUGAGCUGGCCACCGUUUCAGGGGCCAAAUCAAUGAAGGGAACUCCAUACUGGAUGGCUCCAGAAGUCAUUCUGCAGACUGGGCAUAGCUUCUCUGCUGAUAUAUGGAGCGUCGGAUGUACAGUAAUUGAGAUGGCCACAGGAAAGCCUCCUUGGAGCCAACAAUACCAAGAGGUUGCCGCCCUCUUCUAUAUAGGGUCGACCAAGUCACAUCCAGAAAUCCCAGAACAUCUCUCUGCUGAAGCAAAAGAUUUUCUCCUUCAGUGCUUGCAAAAGGAGCCAAAUAUGAGGCCAGAUGCAUCUAAAUUGCUGCAGCAUCCCUUCGUUACUGGCCAGCAAUUAGUAUCUGAUCCUGUUGGCACUUCCAACAUGGAAACUUCUCCAGUUCCUCUGCAGUCACCUACUGAGGAGCUUCAAACCUUCCAGAUGCCAUCUGUCUCUGGCUCAAUGGAUAUUUGUAACUUGGGCAGUUUGAGCUGUUCAGUUGAUCCUAAGAAACUGUUGGAAAGCAAGGAUUUAUGGAGAACAAAUAAUAGUGAUGAUGAUAUGUGUCAAAUGGAUGGAGAUGAUUUUUCUCCAUCGACAAGUAAAGUAAAGCUCAAUUCUGUGUUGAUUGCUGAUGACUUUUACAAGAGUUGUUACUCCAAACAUGAGCUCUCUGGAGAUUGGAAAUGCAAAUUUGAUGAAAGUCCAGAACCAGAACAAGCAGGAAUAAAGUUGGACAUUGAUCAAUCACAAAGGGACAAUAAUUUUUCAUUUCCUUGUGGAGCGUCAUUUUCAGAGGAUGAUGAUGAGCUUACUGAGUCCAAGAUUAGAGCCUUUUUGGAUGAGAAGGCUUUAGAACUGAAGAAGCUGCAAACACCUCUAUAUGAAGAGUUCUACAACAGUUUGAAUUCAACACGUUCUCCAAGCUUUGCAGAAAGUUCAAAAGAGGAAACUCCCCCAAAUUACUUAAAAUUACCUCCAAAAAGUAGGUCGCCCAGUCGGGUCCCUGUUGGAACCUCAUCGGCAGCAAUUGAUGCUGUUAGUUCUGGAAGUCCUGGAAGCAAUAACAGGCGUGUAUCAAAUGUUGGCAAUGCAAGUGAUCAAUCUUUAGAGGAAAAUUCAUCACCUCAAUGUAAUGAUCAGAAAGGAUUUCUAGUUGAUGAUCCGCCAGAAUCAAGUAGCCCAAGUGUAAACUUUUCUGAGAUCCAGAGGAAGUGGAAAGAAGAGCUUGACCAAGAGCUUGAGAGAAAGAGAGAGAUGAUGCGGCAAGCAGGCACGGGAGGUAAAACAUCAUCCCCGAAAGAUCGAGCUUUGAGCCGGCAGAGAGAGAAGACAAGAUUUGCAUCUCCAAGCAAAUGAGUGGUCAUUCUAAGAGUGAGGAGUUCAAGCAUUAGAUUUAAAAGUUUUGUUCAGUGUGCAUAGUGUGGUCAGUUUGCUAGCUCUUGUGAAUGCUGGGGCUUUAUUCAGCCAAAAUGGUGCCUGUUGUUGUUGCUGCACUAUAUAUAGGGCUUUAAGAGAAGGGUAAAACUCCUGGAGAUAAAAGUUUAUUGUUCCCUUUACAUUUGAGGGUUGGGCACAUGUUUCUUAAGUUUGUAACCAGUGGCAUCAAUGUACAAUAAUCAUGAUAAGCUUCUGAAAUUUUGUCUCAUUCUUCCA